AUGAAACAGUUUUUUGGCUUAUGUCUUUUAUUAGGAACUGUAAAGUUUCCCUCAGUUCGAGAUUUUUUUUCAAAUAAUCCUUUGUAUUGCCAUCCUAUUGCAAAGCAUGUCAUGUCUGGAAGGAGAUUUGAACAACUACUAAACUGCUUCAGUGUAGAGUAUAUUGGUGAAGACGUCAUAUUAGAUGGACCAAUGAAAAAAAUAAAUCCAUUGUUUGAUAAACUUAUCAAACAUUUUCAAAAUGCUUUUUUUCCAAACGAACAACUUUCUCUUGCAUCGAGGCAGACUUAG